UAUACUUAUUAUGAAAACAUAUGGUGGCUACUCUCUAAAAAUAAUAUUUUAGACGUAUACGUACUUCAAUUGUUGAUAUUUUAAUGUUUAGAAGCAUAUAAUAUGUGAAAUAGAGCAAAAUAAAUUUAUGAAGUAAAUGUAUGGAACAAAUAUCCUCAACUUACUAUCGACUAUACCGUUCUUGACAUUAAGCAUAAAAUUGCAUACGCUAUUUCAAGUAUACGUCACGGAUAUACGUAGUACAAGAUGCUUCAUUGAUUUUGUGCAGUUGGUAGCGUUGGGAAUUUCGACCAAUCACGUUCGAGAUAGAUGUCGCUCUAGUACCGACGCGAGACGACCCAAGCUAGCUUGCACUGGGAACAUUUGCUUGAGCUCCAUACAUUUUCUUCUGGUUCUUUACGUCUACAGUUUGGUUGUGUACCAGUUCAAAAAUAAUUUCAAAAUUUUUGCCAUCAGGAAAAAAGUUAAAAUGACGGACAAGCCAAAGCGUCCUAUGUCAGCAUACAUGCUGUGGCUGAACAGCGCCAGAGAACAAAUUAAGGCCGACAAUCCUGGUCUAAAAGUCACCGAAAUCGCCAAAAAGGGAGGCGAGAUAUGGAGAUCAAUGAAGGAUAAGAGUGAAUGGGAGGAGAAGGCUGCUGAAGCGAAGGAACAAUAUACAAAGGACUUAGAAUCAUAUAAUGCUAAUGGUGGUGGCGGCGAGGGUGGUGGCAAGAAGGCACAGAAGCGAGGAAAGAAGGGCAAGAAAGCAUCAGCACCAGCUAAGUCCAAGAAGAAGAAGGAAGAGUCUGAAGAUGAUGAGGGUGAAGAGGAGGAGGAUGAGGAAAGCGAAUGAUCUCCCAGCCUAUAAGACAUUUCUGUUCAUAUUGAAUAAUUUACUGGACUUAAUUUAUUACGAAGUAAAAUGGGACUGACUUUCCAAAGUCUGAAACAGUUAACAAUUUCAUUUUAUAACCUGCAUUAAUAUUGUUUUAAAUGUGUAAUUUUAUUGUAAUUCUGAUUCUAAUGUAACAUGUGUGGAUUAAUUUUUUAGUCCAUUUAAUGAAAUUGUUGAUUCCUAUGGGCGAUUUACUAUUUUUAGUAGUAUUAAUAGAAGUGAAUGUAAGAAUUGCAGAGUUUGGAAAGUUUCACCACAGGCUAAGGUCUAGGUUCUAAGCCUCGAAAAAAAAUAAUGUUUAAGUGUUAGCAUGUAUACACUGGGGAAUUGUACAGUUAGACCUCCCUUGUUAAGUUCGCUGUGACUACUGGAUGCUCACAUUUAAUAUUUACCUCACUUCUGGUUUUAUCAAAACUUGUAUGUCUGUAGCACUCCCCGAUUGCUGUGCAACCCUUAUGUUUUGAAAUUGUGCUUUGUAUUAAAUGAGUUGCCAUAAAUGUAAUUUCUGUGUACUGAUUAAGUGUGUGCGUUCUUUGACAUAACAGUUUUGGUCAAACUAUACUCACAUGUAAAAUUAGAGACGAUUUCAUGAAAUAUAAUGGCUUACUGUUAAUUAAACCUACCUCUUCUGAUUGUAAAUUUCAAUACUGCUAAUGGUACCAAACUUAGCUACUAAGAAAACCGGCAGUAUGAUCUGUGUAUCAUGCUGGGCAAUUUAAAUAUAGGAAAUUGAUGUGUAUGUUGUAUUUUUAGUUAGUUACUAGGUAGGUUUUCGAUGUGAUUUGUCUCUCAAAUUUUACAUUUGUGUUAUUUUGUAAAUGAGAAUUAGCAUUCCUCAUGUCAAUACGGAUUUUACAUGUUCAAUAAAGUAAUUUCAUAUAAAAUAUUCUAUUUUUCAA